AUGAAUUCAGAAUUGGGAUCCAUUACAGAACGUGCUCCAUUAAAAACAUAGCCAACUCUUCCAAAAUAAUCACUGAGACCAGCAUUCUUAAAGACAGUUAAUUUGAAAACAAUACAAACUAAUAGAAUGAACUCAUUUCCAAAUAAAAUCUGGAGAGAUCGAGCACUCUUGGUACUCAUGCAAGUGCUUCGCUUUAUAUCACUUAUUACACGUAGUCCCUUUGCUUCGAAAUUCUCUUUAUUGGAUAGGAAUAUGUUUAGAAUAAUUGGAGAUAAAGCAGCUGAUUUCAAUUAUUACCUGCUUAAUGAUUACUUUAAAUAUAUGGUAAUAUAUCAUCCGUAUUAAGAAACCUCAAUAAUCAUCCCGUGUGAAAUAUUUCUUGUUACAACAUCUGUAUAAGAUUUGUUACAUGAAAGGAUUCAUGGAUUAUUUGACUACUUUAAGGUUCACAUUCGAACCAGAAUCAAUUUUUCUACUGUUGUGGAACAUUCUUAUGCUGGUAAAUAUCAAUUUAAAUGUACUGUAUAUAACAGUCAAAUUUUCUUUUGAUUUUGAAAACUACCCACCAGAAGAUUAUGAGUUUUGCGAAAUUUAUCUAUUUAGAAUCCCCUAUUUUUUGUUUUUAAUCGAUAUAAUAAUUAAACUUAACACAUGCUAUUAUGAAGCGGGCUAUUUAGUGAGAGAUAGGAAUAAGAUUUGGUACAACUUUUACAAGAACAGUAUUUUUCAACUUUAAAAUUUUUAGACUUUAUUAUAAAUUUAUUUAUUUUAGUACCAACCUCAAUUUACUUUCUAGCCUUCCAAAAUUCCGCUCUUUAUUUAUUUAUGUUAUUGAAGGCUUUGUAAAUACCAAGCAUUACAGAAUCAAUAAUCGACAGAGUGGAGUUAACAACUAAUUAUUGGAUCAUUUAUGAUUUGAUACGUCUAAUUUAUGUAAUACUCUAUGAGUCUCACAUAUGUUGUUGUGGAUUAUUUUAUGUAGGACUUUUGAAUAAGGAAGCUUCUUGGUUAUUAUCGAAUGGCCUAGUCGAUGAAACUUGGAUAAUUAAAUACGUAAAUAAACAAAUUAUGUUAGCUCAGUACAUUUUAUUGGAGCAUAAUAACAAUGACAACUAUUGGUUAUGGUGAUAUCGCCCCUUAGAAUAUUUUAGAGAAGACAUUUCUAAUAUUUGUUGCAAUUUUUUCUUGUUGCACAUUUGGUUAUUCAAUAAAUUGUAUUGGCUAAUCGAUUGGAUAAUUAUAAUCAAAGAAUCAUUAAAUCAGAGUUGAUAUGAAUGAUCUUAAACAGUAUCUAAGAAUUAGAGGAUAUAAUAGUAAAUUGCAAAUAAAGAUUUUAAGAUUUUUUGAAUACUUGUGGAAAGAUUAAAGAAAUGAAAAUUAAUUGGAUGUCAACAAAUUCAAUCAACAAUUGCCAUCUCAUUUACAUAAUGUAAGAUAAAUAAUAUUAUAGGAAAUGAUGAUAGAUCUAAAUAUGAAAAGUAUAUCCAAGAUUCCUUUUUUUAAAGAGAAUUUUAAUGAAGAUUUCAUCUCUGCCUUAGCAUCUAAAUUUAUUGAGGAGAAGCUGGUCCCAUUCAAUACAAUAUUUUCCAAAAAUGAUCCUAGCAAUUUUUUAUACAUUUUAUGCGAUGGUGAAAUUGAAUACUUUGUAGAAAUUCCAGAAGGAUCUGCUACUAUGCUAAGUAUUCAGACAAUAUCUGGAUAAGAUGAAAUAUUUGGAUAGCAAGAGUUCCUCUUAGAUUAAAAUUAUGAAAUCAGUUGUAGAUCAAUUACCUCAUCAAGAAUUUUGAAAAUAUCAAAAGCUGAUUUCAAUUCAAUAGCCAAAAAGUUUGGAUAUGUAUAUGACUUUCUUAAAUUUAGGAAAAAUAUUGCUAAUUGAAAGAUUUAGUUAAAUUCUCUGGUCGUUUCGAUGAGUUUCAUUUGCAUUGUGUUGGUUGCAAUAAGUCAACACAUAUGUUAUACUAAUGUCCAAUGCUAACAGGCUUCCCGAAUAAAACCAAAAUAAUUAUUCAGUAUCGCAAAAACCAAGUGCAAGAAAGGAAGUACGUCAAGAGGAAUAAUCUAAAAAGAAGAUUGUCAUCUCUCAUUUUUGAGGCACAAAUAUCUGAUACCGUACUCUACUAUCUAUUAAAAGACCCUAAACUAUCCUAAUAAAUCAGUUCGUAAUAUUAAAUUUAAACCCUAAAGUAGUAGUAAUUAUAAAAAGAGUUUUAAAAUCUUAAUAAUGAUAACCAUACCUAAAAGUAAAUAAAGGAUGAAGUAAGAUCAACAAUGAGAAAGCAAUCGGUCUUGAAAAUUAAAGGGAGAAAGCAGUCCUAAUAUAUUAAAAGGCUACCCGAUUUUCUGAAUUGCUAGUACAUCAAUUUUAAAUCAAUGCCUGAAGAUAAAAUUAAAACAGGAGUUGACAACAUAUCUAAAAAUAUUUCUGCAGAAUAUUCGGAGGCUCACAGUUCUGAGAUUUAUCAUAUGAAAUUGAAAAAUCAGGAGGAAAUCAACAUUCUUGAGUAACGUAAAAUUUCUGCUGAUUUAGCAAAGUCUUUGUCUUUCAAACUAAUAAACCACACAUCGUUGGAUUAAGAUUUAAGAAAAGCUGACGCGGAUAGUAUUAAGGAGAAUUCUUCUCUUUCUCAAGCAAGUAGCAAAUCCCCUACAAAAUAGUCAAAGGCUGCUAGUCCUGGGAUUGACUAAAUUACAUAAUGCUAAAUGGGUACAUACAAAGAAAUUUUUGAGAAGUUCGAUAAAUUCCAGGAUUAUUAAAAUUACAUGACACAUAUGAAUUCUUCCAAGAUUCUUGAACAACUCAAUCAAUUCAAAGAGACACAGAACUUUACUGACUUUAUGAAUGUGAACUUUGUUAGGAAGCGUAGAUCGAAGAGGAAUAAGUUGAUUAUCAAACUUGAUUAUUGAAAUUUUUAUUAAAUUAUUAAUGUAUAGAUUUAAACUGUGUCUAAGUUAUUCGCGUUUAGAUUAAUCGCUUUCAGCUUUUUUGAAAAAGUAUAAGACGAAUAAAAAGAAUGUGAUAUAAGUAGACAAUAAAUUAUUGGAAGUUGACAAAAGCUAAUUAAAUUAAGCUAAGCCAAUACAACCAUAAUUAACAAUCCCUUAAGAUGAUCAAUUAAAAUAGAAAUAUCUCUUAUAAAGAGCUAGAGUAAUUGAUCUCAAUGAGAAGGACAAUUUCAGUCAUUUUAAUAGAGCAUAAUAAUUGGCAUUAGAUAAAUAAGUAAAGUAAGUAGGAGAGGAUUAUAAAGUGGAAGCAGAAGUACUGAAAUUGCAAAACAAAGGAGAAUUGCGUAAUGAUUCUUAUAAUUAUUAAAAGUGAUUGAUGACACAAAACUUCCAAAAUAAUUCUUGGCAACUUUGGAUAGGUAAAGAAGGAAGGGUAAGAGAAUGCUAAGGAGAUUCUUUAUCGAUGGUGAACAUCGUUAUGUGAAGGAAAACAUCUAUAAAUUUAGAAGUGUGGCUGAAUGGAAGAAAUACAUGAGAUUUAAGAAGCCAAUGUUGAUUGAUCUAAAAAUGGAAUAAUUUAAGAGAUAUCCAGGUACAGACAAAGGCAAAUUUCCUAUGUAAGACAAACCUGGAUUUACAAGUAAAAUUUGAUCUCAAUUUAUAGAGUGGUUUAGAGAAAAUCAUACUCAGAAAACAGUGGAUGCAAUUGAAUAUUUAGUCAGAAAGGGAUAUGGUAAACAACCUGAAAUAAUGAUGAAGAAGAAGAAGGGUUAUAGAUCGAGGACAAAAAAAGCAUUAGCAAAACUUGACUUGAAAAAAAGAUUAUAGAGAUUAAAGCAAGAAAUACAUGAGGAGUCAAAUUGGGAGACUGUGGCUCCAGGACCAGCACUUUUCGUUAAGGAAACUAUGAUGGAACAAUUAUUAAAGAGGAAUCCUAUUAAAGAUUUGGGAUUAAAUACUAAUAUUAAAAUUCAAACUCACAUACCUGAAGGAGAAGUUCAACCAUUGCCAGAGAAGUACCCAUUAGAGAAAACUGAAUUGAUUUAUUAUUUGGAAAGAUGGUCAUUCUUCAGAUCAUUUGGAGCAUAUUAAUUAUUGAAGGAUAUUAUAACUGGUAAGCACGAACCUACUCCACAGGAACCUGUUAAAUCUGGAUCCUUGAAUACAUAUUACUAGACAUUACCUAAACAUAUUAGAGACAAUCCCAAUGUUAAGAAUGUGUACAGAGGGUUGGAAUUCGCAAAUAAUUAGAUGACUUUGGCUGAAAAAGAAAACUCUUUGAAUUAUGCUGCCAGAUUAUCUUGCUAAUUUGAUGAAAUGAAUCAAGAAGUUUAUGAUUUAGGAUCAGCUGGAUACAGACCUAUGAUUUCAAGAUUCGAUGAAGAAAGAUUGAUGUAAGAUCAAGAAAAUGAACAUGUCGAUACUGCUAUUGUAAUUUAAAUUUUUUUAAUCAUUUACUUAGAAUCCAGAUGUAGUCUUCAAGUAUUUAGAACAGAGAGCACACACUCCAAGACAUGUUGCUAAGGAUGAUGUUCCUCUUCCUGAUUGGGCUGUGGAUAAAUCGGAGAGAGUGGAUGAUAUUCCUGUUGAUUACUACAUCAAUGAUGAUGGGUUCUGGGACGAUUACAUUAAGGCUAAAGAAGAGAAACACCUAAAAGAUAGUCCAAUAUCUGGAGGAAAGAAAUAUUUUAGACAUAUUUGAGAGAG